AUGUUUAAAAGUGGAGUUAGAAUCACCAAGUAUCACCAAAGGUUAUACGCUCAUGGGCGGCUCUCCAUACAAUUACAAAGAAAGUAUCUUUUGAAUACACCAGCUAGUGGCUCAUGUGCUUUAUUCAGCUCUUCACAAACUAAUGUUGGAAACUCUCAAGCUAGCACCAGCUAUAAUACUGGCAGAUCAGAGAGUCUUGGUGAUAAUACAGAUAGCCAGCUGCUAGAAUUAGAUCCUCCAUUCUUGCAUUAUAAUGAGUUUUUACAAACUGAUGAACACGGUAUAACAACACUUGAAACUUUUAGUGAAUAUUUUGAUCUGACAUUUGGCCUUUUUAGAAUUGGUUUCAAGGAAAAAAUUCCAGUAGAACUAAUUCCAAAGAUCCUUAUGAGCUCACCAAGUCCAGCCAGUGGUUAUUGGAAGUUUCCCAAACCUGUUCAAGGUAAAAAAGAACAUCAUGCUUCUCUAGUGCUGCCUAAAAGAUUCAGACGUAUCAACCAGAUUGAGAUUGAAGAAUUUGACCAAAGGGAAAUUGAAAGAGGAAUUUCAAAAGAGUUUAACAAGUUGAAUGAAUUCUUUAAUAUUAAAUGCUCAAUUAUGACAAAACAAAAAGUAUUUCAAGUUCUUUCCAACAUAGCUGAUGCAAAUGUUUCUCAUCUAAUAGAUGGACCAGAGAGUGAAAGUGGCAUCAAAACCAUGUGCUUGAAAUAUAUCUUUGGGCCUGUUCUCCAAAUUAUAAACCUAAUUAAUAGGCCCUCAAUACUUCUUAAAUUAACAGAACAAGAACCUACUUGUCACAAGAGAGCUGACUUAACUAUAAAAAAUUGUGGAAGUGGGUCAUCUUGCAUCCUGGAGUUCGAAAGGAGUCUACCAAGUGUUCAUGAUAUUCGAAAGAUGGAGCCGACAGAAAUAUUAGAGAUAGAAGGUUUUGAACAAACAAUACAAUCAAUAAUUAGUUCCAACACCACACUUGGUAUAUUAACAAGCUAUAAAACUACAAUAAUCAUUGAAAUGGAUUGGGAUAAGUGCUGGUUUGACCAUGAUACUUGUAAAUUAAAGUUAAGAAUGCUUUCUAUUGAUAAUGACCAACCGCUCAUGACUUUGAAAGGUAUACUUAUUUACUUUCUAUCAAAACAUUUGGUAUAUAAUUCAAGUGCUGAGAAGAAGAGAAAGUUGCGAGAUUUAGUAGAAUGGGCAAGAAGAGAACACAUAUUGAAUUUGAGUUAUGAAGAACGGCAGAAGCAUUAUCAUGAACUUUGUGAGUCUUUUGUAAGUGAAUGUUCACCAAAAGAGAUGAUAAAUAUUGAGCUAAACUUUCAAGAGGAUCAAUCAUUGAAAUUUAUGGAAAGUGAUAUAUCAGAUAUGGAAAAAGAAUUGAACUUUUUUCAAUUGCAAAAGAGACAUUUCCCUAAAGAUUUGAUGGAUGUUAAUGACAAAGGUGAUGACUUAGUCUUUGUGAAAUUAUUCAACCCAAUAUCAUUCCCGCUAGGUGAAGAUGCAUUCGAGAAUCAAGCCAUAUUGGAAGAAAAAUAUUCAUAUGAACUCUACCAGUUGAAGCAAUUACAGGAGACUGAAUCUCGAAAGCAGUUAAGUCUGAGUAACUUUAAGCUCUGGAAAAGUGGCUUUGUCCAGAUCAGAAAUGAAAAAUCACAAUUGUUAUGUGUGGGUGAAAUGAUGGCUUUUGUACAUAAAGGUUCUGAUAUUGAGAAUUCGAAGCCUUUACCACUCAUGACCAAAUCAGAUAUGCUGAGUCAAGCUUUGGGAAAAUUAGAGAGAUAUCAUCAAGAAGGGUUUGGAUUGGGUGAAUACCUCGAGGUUGAGCCAAUAGUUGCCCUUCAUAAUGGUGAAAUUUCGCUAUUGGGUUCUAAAAAUUACAAAGGUGAGGUUCCAUAUGACAGAAGAAUUUUUGAGAGACAAGUUUUGAAGCAAUGUAUUGAUGAUGGAGAGAUACUUGAGCUGUGA